GAAAUUUUGAAGAUACAACCAAACCAAACUUUAAUCUCUUGUAUUCAUAGUUAGUCUAAGUUAGAUGCUUUGAAAGCAAAAUUCAUCCUCAAUUAUUUUUUUGUUGGCAUAUUGGUUAUCUAACAAUGAGUUUUUAAAUUAGGGGUGCAAAAAUGGUUAUCUAAUUUUUUCUUACUUCUCCCAAACCAGAGUCUUCUAAGCUUUCAUGUCUUGGUGACUUUGACAAGCUUUAUUCCUUGAAUCAUUAUCUUCUUUAUAUAGGUUAUGAAAAUUCUUCUCCAAAUUUUAUCCCAGAACAAUGGAGUUUUACUGUGAAUUUUAGUGUAGUAUUUUAGAGGUGCAACUUGCAGCAAAUUAUUGCCUGAGGCUGUUAGUGUUGCCAUUGUUAUGGUGUGCUAUGAAGUUGGUAGUAAAACCAUAAGAUUAAUGUUGUGACAGUUAUUUGACAUCUAAAUAUUAAUAGUUAACCCUGUGUUGACGUUAAAAAUGUGGUCCCUGUUCAGUCGAAGUGCUUCUGCAUCAUUCCAGUAUGAUAUUGGAGAUGCUGUGUGUCCAGGUGAAGGCAGAAGCAUUUUUACAUUGCACCAUGCAAAAAAGAAGGGUUGCGGCACAGCAUUCAGCGCAUUUGUCUGCCACGGCUCAGUGCACAACAACACGGAACUCGAGCUGGCAAGAUCUGCUGUGCAGCGGCUCAAGAGUCUCCGACAUCCUUGUAUUCUUCAUUAUGUUGAUAGUUUAGAAAGUGAUAAGGCCGUAUAUCUCAUCACCACUGCUGUCUCACCACUCAUCUCUUGGCUGCUGGACAGCAGAUUUGUUUCAGACCAGAAGGCCGAUGUACAGGCCUGGGGCAUUCAACAAAUUUUAAGGGCGGUAAGCUUUCUUAACAAUGACGGCAACCUGGAGCACUGCAACGUGAACAGCUCGAGUGUUUUUGUCACUCCUGGUGGGGAGUGGAAGCUGGGAGGCUUGGAGUUCUGCCGACCAGCCAAGGGUGAAGGAUCCGUGGAGCUUCCUCCCAACCGCCUCCCGGUGUCCUUGGCUGUGUAUGACGCUCCUGAGAAAGCCAACAGCGCUCUGUGGAAAGACAUGAAACCUUGGUCCACAGAUUCAUGGGGGCUUGGCUGCUUCAUGUGGGAGGUGUUCAAUGUGACUCCACUUGUUCAGAGCGGCGUCCUGCGCAACACAACCAAGUUUCCUUCGUCCGUGACGGGAGUUUACAAACAAUUGCUCAGCGAGUCUCCGGCCAGAAGACCUAAAGCCAGUCAAGUUAUUGAGCAGCUCUCAGGGCCAAGCUGCUUCCUUGACAACAAACUCAUCCACACGAUUGACUUCCUCGACAACAUCCACAUCAGACAGAGCUCCGAGAAACAGCUAUUUUUCACUCGACUACGAGAAGAUUUGGACAACAUCCCUCCGCCGAUCGUGAAGCACAAGAUUCUGCCAGCUGUAGUCACGGCACAGCAAUUCUCCAGUCUCGGCUCCAUGGUCUUGCCUUCGCUGCUAAAGAUGAGCGAGCUGUGCAGUGAGCCCGAGUACCAGUCGCAGGUACUACCGACGGUGGUACAGCUCUUCGCCAGCCCUGACCGCGCCACGAGACUGCAGCUCCUGCAGCAGAUGGAGACGCUGGCGCCCCACAUGGACGCCUCCACCAUCAACGACAAGGUCUUCCCUCAGCUCUGCACUGGUUUCCUUGAUGCUAACCCUUCCAUAAGGGAACAUACCAUCAAGUCAAUUCUUCAUCUGGCGCCGAAACUGAACCAACAGCUCCUCAACAUAGAAGUUAUGAAGCAUUUUGCUAGACUCCAAGCAAAGGAUGAGCAGGGCGGCAUCCGCACCAACUGCACGGUGUGCCUCGGUAAAAUCGCCCGUCAUUUGUCGCCCACGACGCGCGCCAAGUGCCUCGUGUCGGCCUUCACACGCGCCCUCAAGGACCCCUUCCCUCCAGCCCGCUCUGCAGGUGUCAUGGCGCUGGCCACAACACAGCACUUCUAUCCUGUCGAUCAAGUCGCCUACAGAAUUGUGCCGGCGUUGAGUUUGCUAACUCUGGACCCGGAGAAGAACGUUAGGGACGUCGUCUUCCGAGUCCUUAAAGGAUUCCUGUCGAACCUAGAGAAGCUCUCGGAGAACCCGGCCUUGAAGGAGGAGAUGGAGCGCGAGUGUGAGAGCGCGAGUGGGGCGGGAGGGUGGGCAGGGUGGGCCGUGGGGGCGCUAACAAGCAAGUUCUACAAGAGCAACAUCUCGGAGGACACAUCUGCUACUGCCAGCCUCAAGUCUGAUGGCAACGCCACCAAACCCAGGGCGGAGCCACUUCGGUCUGAGUCGCAGUCUUCGCUGCCUCGCGCCUCGUCUCCUGCUAGUCCUGGUGCUCACGCCAGCAGCACAGAGGGCGUCAGGGGCGCCGCCCCAGGGGCGCAGGUGUCGAGCAUCGAGUCGUUCAUGCAGGCCAGCGCAACGGAUGAUAACGGCAGCUGGUCGGACGGAGAGGAAUGGCAAGCUAUGGAGGACUUGCCUCCUCCAGCAGCUAAUUCCGGCUGGGAAAAUGAAUCCUGGGAUCCUUUGGAGGUCGCACCCGGUAGUGUCAAGAGACCGAGCCCGCCCACGUCCAACUCGAGCAGCAAUUGGUCCUCUUCGUCAUCAGCUUUAAGCGCCAGUAAAGACGAAAGAGCAGCUUUAAGAGAACAAAGAAAAGACGACCGGCUGAAGCAAAUAGAGGCCAAACGAACAAGUAAAGGAGGGCCAUUGAAACUCGGUACCAAGAAGCCGUGAUGAACGUUGCUGCUUCGGCCACGCUACUUUAUUGCAGUUGCGACUUCAUGACCUACGAAUUAUCGCCGUGUUGCUGUAACAACACGGGGCGUGUUCUCUAUUCAUCUAAUUUUGAUCUACAAUUCUGAACUAUGCUUGCCAUGUUUAUCAUAAUAUCUUGAUGAAAUAUUCAAUUCCGCGAUCAGAAUAUACAUGUGCUGCAUUGUGGGCAUUGCGAAUCUUCCUUACACUUACUCUUUUGAAUCCAUAUCUUUGGAACACAUCCGUAACCUUUAUUAUAUCUGUAUUAACCGCCAAUGGAAAUGUUAAAUUAAAAAGCUGAAGAAAAAUUCAAUAUCGUAGUUGUCGAAUGACUAACCAAUUCUAGUUUUAUAACUAUGUUAUUUAGCUUUGUAAGCUGAUUUAAUAUUUUUCUAUACUUUCAAAUAUUUAUUUUUGCUUAGAAUGUGAAGCAGGCGGCAACGCGAUGAGUGACGAUGCUUCUUUCAAUCUUUAUUUACUUGAGCUUAUACAAUUGUUAAAUUUUUCGUCUUCUGAAAAAAUGUACAUAUUGAAAGGUGCAUAAAGCAACAUCAAUGUUAUUAGAAAAAAAUUAUUCAUUCCGUUUGAUAGGCCGUGACAAUUAUUACCUACUUAUUUACAAGCUGACUGUUUUGGUAUUUAGUAUCGACUUCUUGAUCUUUGGAAAUUUCAAUUAGAGAUGGUACUGUCAUCUUCUCAUCACGAUGACAUUGACUGCAAACGACUCAUUCAGAAACAAUCAAUCGGUGGAAUUUCUUGCUACAUGACGAAAACUUUCGCUUUCAUUCCGCUUCCACGAAGCCAUUUAUAAUAUCGAGAAUUCUUUAUUUGUAGCAAAGUUGAUGUAGCUGACUCCGAGUAUGAUUGAGUUUAGUCCGAGCCUAGUUGUUUCCUCGGUUGUCAUCUUUGCAACUAGUGCUGCUUUGCUUCAAGCCACAUCUCUUUCGCAGCUCAAGCAACAUUGUUUACAUUUUUGGGAAAAUGAAAAGCUUUUGCAUGGAUAUAUUUCGCCAAUUUAACUUUUAAUCGCGUUUUGAAUAUCUAUUGCAAAUGUCAUUAAUAAAAUUAGUAUUGUUGAAAGGUAAUUCAUAGGAAAUAAAAUUUCUGCCCCGUGGCAAAACAUUGUCGAAGGAGCACUCUAUACACUACGAUCUUUGUGAGUAAAAGCAACAUUUG